GGAGCCAAUCAGAGCCCGGAGCAUCGGUGUUCAUGUUGGCGUGCAGAAGGGCGUGUUGACUCUAUUUAAACCGUUGGCUUUGCACGGAUUACACAGACGCAUCUUACCUGCAAAGGACUGUUUCACUGCUCUCUCCUGCACCAGGACUCAUCCAUCCAAAAUGAACGACAAUCCAGUCAAACAAGAAGUGACGAAAUUUGACAAGAAAAAGCUGAAGAAGACGAACACGGAAGAGAGAACCCAUAUGCCAACCAAGGAGGAAAUUGAAGAAGAGAAGAAAGCCAUGCAAGAAGCCAAAUGAAAUCCACCGGCCAUGAUUCCUUUCCUUCAGUCCUGCCCCGUUUCCUGCUCGUCUUCCAGCUAGGAGUCCUAUCCAUCAUCUCCACCUCUUCCUCUGUUUCCUGUGCUGCCAUGUUUUAUCACAAAUGGUGUUUGGGUUGACACUACGGGCAAAGAUCUGUUUGUAAUCUCAAGUAAAUUAAUGCAAUGGGUGCAUUUUACUGUGCUUUUACCAUGGCGUUUAGAACAGGUUGAACAGAGGAAGCAAAAGAUUGCACAGGGUGCAGGUUUUAACAGCAUGGGAAAAAUAUCAUAGGUAAUUUCACUAAUGGAAAUCCAUCAAAGAUACUGCAUUGUUAACAAUACCAUACGUAUGCCUGUAAAUGGUGCCAUUGAGAAAAUGUUAUUGAAAAUAACACAAAAGAUGAUAUUUUUGUUUUAAUAAAAAUCGAUGUGUCAAAAAUG